AUGGCUGAGGCGUCGCGGUGGCACCGAGGCGGGACUCCGAAACCUAACCUGCAUUACAGUAAGGAAGUAGAAAUUAGAACCACACUUCAGGAAUUGGCACUCUACUUUAUUUUUUUAAUAAACCUAUGUAUAUUGACUUUUGGGAUGGUAAAUCCACAUAUGUAUUACUUAAACAAAGUUAUGUCAUCUCUAUUUUUGGACACUUCUGCGCCUGGUGAUGAAAGAACCAACUUUAAGUCUAUUCGCAGCAUAACUGAUUUUUGGAAGUUUAUGGAAGGACCCCUUUUGGAAGGUCUGUACUGGGACGCAUGGUACACUAACAAGACAUUGUAUGAUUUAAAGAACAGCAGUCGUAUCUACUAUGAGAACAUACUCUUAGGAGUCCCCAGAGUCCGUCAACUAAAAGUCCGCAACAACACAUGCAAGGUCUAUUCAUCCCUUCAGUCUUUGAUGGAUGAAUGUUAUGACAGAUACACUUCUAAAAAUGAAGACCUGGCUGAUUUUGGCCUUCAAGUGGAAACUGAAUGGAAGUACGCUCCUCCUGAUAGUACCUCCCCUUGGCACUGGGGAUUUGUUGGUGUUUACCGAAAUGGGGGAUUUAUUUUCACUUUAUCAAAAUCAAAAUCUGAAACGAAAAACAAGUUCAUUGACCUUCAACUGAACAGCUGGAUCACAAGAGGGACUAGAGUUAUUUUUAUUGAUUUUUCAUUAUACAAUGCUAAUGUAAACCUGUUUUGCAUUAUCAGACUGGUGGCAGAAUUCCCUGCAACUGGAGGAAUAAUUACUUCAUGGCAGUUUUACUCUGUGAAGCUCCUCAGAUAUGUUAGCUACUAUGAUUAUAUUAUUGCUUCCUGUGAGAUCACAUUUUGUAUUUUUCUUAUUGUCUUCACAACACAAGAAGGCCAAAAAAUAAGAGAAUUUAAGUCUGCUUAUUUCAAAAGUGUCUGGAACUGGCUAGAAUUACUACUUUUGGUGUUGUGUUUUUUGACUGUUUCCUUCAACAUAUACUGUAACGUACAAAUUUUUCUCUUACUUGGAGACCUGUUAAAAAAUACCGAUCAAUAUUCAGACUUCUAUUUUCUUGCAUACUGGCACACUUACUACAACAAUAUAAUUGCUGUCACCAUCUUUUUUGCAUGGAUAAAGAUAUUCAAAUUCAUAAGUUUUAAUAAGACAAUGUCUCAGCUGUCAUCAACCUUGUCCCGCUGUAUCAAAGACAUAGUAGGAUUUGCCAUCAUGUUUUUUAUAAUAUUCUUUGCUUAUGCUCAGUUAGGAUUUCUUGUUUUUGGAUCACAAGUUGACGACUUUUCCACUUUUCAAAAUGCCAUAUUUGCACAAUUUCGAAUUGUUCUUGGAGAUUUCAAUUUUGCUGGUAUUCAGCAAGCCAAUCGUAUCCUGGGACCCAUUUACUUCAUCACUUUCAUCUUUUUUGUGUUCUUUGUCCUGCUGAACAUGUUCUUGGCAAUUAUUAAUGAUACAUAUUCUGAAGUGAAAGCUGAUUAUUCAAUAGGCAGAAGGCCAGAUUUUGAACUUGGUAAAAUGAUUAAAAAGAGUUACUACAAUGCUCUUGAAAAACUGAAACUAAAGAAACCGGAAGAGGAUGAAGACAAGAAAAAUGAGAAAGGCGGAGAUUUGGUUGAGCGAGCCAGAAGAGAAGGCUUUGAUGAAAAUGAGAUUGAAAGUGCAAAGCAGAUGAAAAAGUGGAAAGACAGGCUUGAGAAAAAGUAUUAUUCUGCAGAAAUUCAAGAUGACUACCAGCCAGUCACUCAACAGGAAUUUCGAGAGCUCUUUUUAUAUGCUGUGGAGCUGGAGAAAGAAUUACACUAUGUCAGUCUAAAACUAAACCGAGUGAUGAGAAAGAUUUCAACUCUACCAGCUUGA